AUGGAGCAAACAGUGCUUGUACCACCAGGACCUGACAGCUUCAACUUCUUCACCAGAGAAUCCCUUGCGGCUAUUGAAAGGCGCAUUGCAGAAGAAAAAGCUAAGAAUCCCAAACCAGACAAGAAAGAUGAUGAUGAAAAUGGCCCAAAGCCAAAUAGUGACUUGGAAGCUGGAAGGAACCUUCCUUUUAUUUAUGGAGACAUUCCUCCAGGGAUGGUGUCAGAACCUUUGGAGGACCUGGACCCGUACUACAUCAAUAAAAAAACUUUUAUAGUAUUGAAUAAAGGGAAGGCCAUCUUCCGGUUCAGUGCCACCUCUGCCCUGUACAUUUUAACUCCCUUCAAUCCUCUUAGGAAAAUAGCUAUUAAGAUUUUGGUACAUUCAUUAUUCAGCAUGCUAAUUAUGUGCACUAUUUUGACCAACUGUGUGUUUAUGACAAUGAGUAACCCUCCUGAAUGGACAAAGAAUGUAGAGUACACCUUCACUGGAAUAUAUACUUUUGAAUCACUUAUAAAAAUUAUUGCCAGGGGCUUCUGUUUAGAGGAUUUCACUUUCCUUCGGGACCCAUGGAACUGGCUCGACUUUACAGUCAUUACAUUUGCAUAUGUGACAGAAUUUGUGGACCUGGGCAAUGUCUCAGCAUUGAGAACAUUCAGAGUUCUCCGAGCACUGAAAACAAUUUCAGUCAUUCCAGGCCUGAAGACCAUCGUGGGGGCCCUGAUCCAGUCUGUGAAGAAGCUCUCAGACGUCAUGAUCCUGACGGUGUUCUGUCUGAGCGUGUUUGCGCUGAUCGGCCUGCAGCUCUUCAUGGGCAACCUGCGGAAUAAAUGUGUACAAUGGCCUCCCACCAAUUCUUCCCUGGAGGAGCAUAGUAUAGAGAAGAAUAUAACUGUAAAUUACAAUGGCACACUUGUAAAUGAAACUGUCAUUGAGUUUGACUGGAAAUCAUAUAUUCAAGAUUCAAGAUAUCAUUAUUUUCUGGAAGGUUUUUUAGAUGCAUUACUAUGUGGAAAUAGCUCCGAUGCAGGCCAAUGUCCAGAAGGAUACGUAUGUAUGAAAGCUGGUAGAAAUCCCAACUAUGGCUAUACAAGCUUUGAUACUUUCAGUUGGGCUUUUUUGUCCCUGUUUCGACUGAUGACUCAGGACUUCUGGGAAAACCUUUACCAACUGACAUUACGUGCUGCUGGGAAAACAUACAUGAUCUUUUUUGUGCUGGUCAUCUUCUUGGGCUCAUUCUAUCUCAUAAAUUUGAUCCUGGCUGUGGUGGCCAUGGCCUAUGAGGAACAGAACCAGGCCACCAUGGAAGAGGCAGAGCAGAAAGAGGCUGAAUUUCAGCAGAUGCUCGAACAGCUUAAAAAGCAGCAAGAGGCAGCUCAGCAGGCAGCCACUGUAACCGCCUCAGAGCAUUCCAGAGAACCCAGUGCAGCAGGCAGGCUCUCAGACAGCUCAUCUGAAGCCUCCAAGUUGAGUUCCAAGAGUGCUAAGGAGAGAAGAAACCGGAGAAAGAAGAGAAAACAGAAAGAACAGUCCGGUGGGGAAGAGAAAGAUGAGGAUGAAUUCCAAAAAUCUGAAUCUGAAGACAGCAUCAGGAGGAAAGGGUUUCGCUUCUCCAUUGAAGGGAAUCGCUUGACCUAUGAAAAGAGGUACUCCUCCCCACACCAGUCUUUGUUGAGCAUCCGUGGCUCCAUCUUUUCUCCAAGGCGCAAUAGCAGAACAAGCCUUUUCAGCUUUAGAGGGCGAGCGAAGGAUGUGGGAUCAGAGAAUGACUUUGCUGAUGAUGAGCACAGCACCUUUGAGGAUAAUGAGAGCCGGAGGGACUCCUUGUUUGUGCCCCGACGACAUGGAGAACGGCGCAACAGUAACCUAAGUCAGACCAGCCGGUCAUCCCGGGUGCUGGCAGUGUUUCCAGCGAGUGGGAAGAUGCACAGCACUGUGGAUUGCAAUGGUGUGGUUUCCUUGGUUGGUGGACCCUCGGUUCCUACAUCGCCUGUUGGACAGCUUCUGCCAGAGGUGAUAAUAGAUAAGCCAGCUACUGAUGACAAUGGAACAACUACUGAAACUGAAAUGAGAAAAAGACGGUCAAGUUCUUUCCAUGUCUCCCUGGAUUUUCUAGAAGAUCCUUCUCAAAGGCAAAGAGCGAUGAGUAUAGCCAGCAUUUUAACAAAUACAGUAGAAGAACUUGAAGAAUCCAGGCAGAAAUGCCCGCCCUGUUGGUACAAAUUUGCCAACAUAUUCUUAAUCUGGGACUGUUCACCAUAUUGGUUAAAAGUGAAACAUAUUGUCAACCUGGUUGUGAUGGACCCAUUUGUUGACCUGACCAUCACCAUCUGUAUUGUCUUAAAUACUCUUUUCAUGGCCAUGGAACACUACCCCAUGACAGAGCAGUUCAAUCAUGUGCUUACAGUAGGAAACUUGGUUUUCACUGGGAUCUUUACAGCAGAAAUGUUUCUGAAAAUUAUUGCCAUGGAUCCUUACUAUUAUUUCCAAGAAGGAUGGAAUAUCUUUGAUGGUUUUAUUGUGACCCUUAGCCUGGUAGAACUUGGCCUCGCCAACGUGGAAGGAUUAUCAGUUCUCCGUUCAUUUCGAUUGCUUCGAGUUUUCAAGUUGGCAAAAUCUUGGCCAACAUUAAACAUGCUAAUAAAGAUCAUCGGCAACUCAGUGGGAGCUCUGGGUAACCUCACCUUGGUGUUGGCCAUCAUUGUCUUCAUUUUUGCUGUGGUUGGCAUGCAGCUCUUUGGUAAAAGCUACAAAGAUUGUGUCUGCAAAAUCAAUGAAGACUGUAUACUCCCACGUUGGCACAUGAAUGACUUCUUCCACUCCUUUCUGAUUGUGUUCCGUGUGCUGUGUGGAGAGUGGAUAGAGACCAUGUGGGACUGCAUGGAGGUCGCUGGUCAAGCCAUGUGCCUUACUGUCUUCAUGAUGGUCAUGGUCAUUGGAAACCUGGUGGUCCUGAACCUCUUUCUGGCCUUGCUUCUGAGUUCAUUUAGUGCAGACAACCUUGCAGCCACUGAUGACGAUAAUGAAAUGAACAAUCUCCAAAUUGCUGUGGAGAGGAUGCAUAAAGGAAUCGCUUAUGUGAAGAGAAAAAUAUAUGAAUUUAUUCAACAAUCCUUCGUUAGAAAGCAAAAGAUUUUAGAUGAAAUUAAACCACUUGAUGAUCUACACAAUAAAAAAGAAAGUUGUAUGUCCAAUCACACAGAAAUUGGGAAAGAUCUUCGUUAUCUUAAAGAUGUAAAUGGAACCACAAGUGGAAUAGCAACUGGCAGCAGUGUUGAAAAAUACAUUAUUGAUGAAAGUGAUUACAUGUCAUUCAUAAACAAUCCCAGUCUUACUGUGACUGUACCAAUUGCUGUAGGAGAGUCUGACUUUGAAAAUUUAAACACAGAGGACUUCAGUAGUGAAUCAGAUCUGGAAGAAAGCAAAGAGAAACUUAAUGAAAGCAGUAGCUCGUCUGAAGGCAGCACCGUAGACAUUGGCGCACCCGCAGAGGAACAGCCUGUGGUGGAGCCUGAGGAAACCCUGGAGCCUGAAGCCUGUUUCACAGAAGGCUGUGUACAAAGAUUCAAAUGUUGUCAAGUCAGUGUGGAAGAAGGGAGAGGAAAACAAUGGUGGAACCUGAGAAGAACAUGUUUCCGAAUAGUUGAACAUAACUGGUUUGAAACCUUCAUUGUUUUCAUGAUUCUCCUUAGUAGUGGUGCUCUGGCAUUUGAAGAUAUAUAUAUUGACCAACGAAAGACAAUCAAGACAAUGUUGGAAUAUGCUGACAAGGUUUUCACUUACAUCUUCAUUCUGGAAAUGCUUCUAAAAUGGGUGGCUUAUGGCUAUCAAACAUAUUUCACCAAUGCCUGGUGUUGGCUGGACUUCUUAAUUGUUGAUGUUUCAUUGGUCAGUUUAACAGCGAAUGCCUUGGGUUACUCCGAACUUGGUGCCAUCAAAUCUCUCAGGACACUAAGAGCUUUGAGACCCCUAAGAGCUUUAUCACGAUUUGAAGGGAUGAGGGUGGUUGUGAAUGCCCUUUUAGGAGCAAUUCCAUCCAUCAUGAAUGUUCUUCUGGUUUGUCUUAUAUUCUGGCUAAUUUUCAGCAUCAUGGGUGUAAAUUUGUUUGCCGGCAAAUUCUACCACUGUAUCAACACCACAACUGGUGAAAUAUUUGAUAUCAGCGAAGUGAACAAUCAUUCUGACUGCCAAAAGCUAAUAGAAAGAAAUGAAACUGCAAGAUGGAAAAAUGUGAAAGUGAACUUUGAUAAUGUAGGAUUUGGGUAUCUCUCUUUGCUUCAAGUUGCCACAUUUAAAGGAUGGAUGGAUAUAAUGUAUGCAGCAGUUGAUUCCAGAAAUGUGGAAUUGCAGCCUAAGUAUGAAGAAAGUCUAUACAUGUAUCUUUACUUUGUUAUUUUCAUCAUCUUUGGGUCCUUCUUCACCUUGAACCUGUUUAUUGGUGUCAUCAUAGAUAAUUUCAACCAGCAAAAAAAGAAGUUUGGAGGUCAAGACAUCUUUAUGACAGAAGAACAGAAGAAAUAUUAUAAUGCAAUGAAAAAAUUAGGAUCGAAAAAGCCACAAAAACCUAUACCUCGACCAGGAAACAAGUAUCAAGGAAUGGUCUUUGACUUUGUAACCAGACAAGUGUUUGACAUAAGCAUUAUGAUCCUCAUCUGUCUCAACAUGGUCACAAUGAUGGUGGAAACAGAUGACCAAAGUGAAUAUGUCACUAGCGUUUUGGCACGCAUCAACCUGGUGUUCAUUGUGCUGUUCACCGGAGAGUGUGUUCUGAAGCUCAUCUCCCUCCGCCAUUAUUAUUUUACCAUAGGCUGGAAUAUUUUUGAUUUUGUGGUUGUCAUUCUCUCCAUUGUAGGCAUGUUUCUGGCUGAGUUGAUAGAAAAAUAUUUUGUGUCCCCUACCCUGUUCCGAGUGAUCCGUCUUGCCAGGAUUGGCCGGAUCCUACGUCUGAUCAAAGGGGCGAAGGGGAUCCGCACGCUGCUCUUUGCUCUGAUGAUGUCCCUCCCUGCGUUGUUUAACAUCGGCCUCCUGCUCUUCCUGGUCAUGUUCAUCUACGCCAUCUUUGGAAUGUCCAACUUUGCCUAUGUCAAGAGGGAAGUUGGAAUUGAUGACAUGUUCAACUUUGAAACCUUUGGCAACAGCAUGAUCUGCCUGUUCCAGAUCACCACCUCUGCUGGCUGGGACGGGUUGCUAGCACCUAUUCUUAAUAGUGGGCCCCCAGACUGUGACCCUGAUAAAGUAAACCCUGGAAGCCAAGUUAAGGGAGACUGUGGGAACCCAUCUGUUGGGAUUUUCUUUUUCGUCAGUUACAUCAUCAUAUCAUUUCUGGUUGUGGUGAACAUGUACAUCGCUGUCAUCCUGGAGAACUUCAGUGUCGCUACUGAGGAAAGUGCAGAGCCCCUGAGUGAGGAUGACUUUGAGAUGUUCUACGAGGUCUGGGAGAAGUUUGACCCCGAUGCCACCCAGUUCAUGGAAUUUGAAAAAUUAUCGCAGUUUGCAGCUGCUCUUGAACCCCCUCUCAAUUUGCCACAACCAAACAAACUCCAGCUCAUUGCCAUGGACUUGCCCAUGGUCAGUGGCGACCGGAUCCACUGUCUUGACAUUCUAUUUGCUUUUACUAAGAGGGUUCUGGGGGAGAGUGGAGAGAUGGACGCUCUCCGAAUACAGAUGGAAGAACGGUUCAUGGCUUCUAACCCAUCAAAGGCCUCCUACCAGCCAAUUACUACAACUUUAAAACGAAAACAAGAGGAGGUGUCCGCUGUUAUUAUUCAGCGUGCUUAUAGGCGCUACCUUUUAAGGCGAACUGUAAAACAAGCUUCAUUUAUGUAUAACAAAAAUAAAAUCAAAGGUGGGGUUAAUCUUCUUGUAAAAGAAGACAUGAUCAUUGACAGAAUAAAUGAAAAUUCUAUUACAGAAAAAACUGAUCUGACCAUGUCCACAGCAGCUUGUCCACCCUCCUAUGAUCGGGUAACAAAGCCAAUCGUGGAAAAACACGAGCAAGAAGGCAAAGAUAAAAAAGCCAAAAGGAAAUAA